UGUUUUGUGGCGCCAACUUGUUAAUUUAUCGAAUAGGUAUAUAAAUAUACAAUUGGGUGUAUGGAAGAUCAACGAUAAUUGUUAAACAACAAGAUGCCGGCCUUCCUCAAGAACAUCGAGGUCGAGAACUUCAAGUCCUACAAGGGGAAGCUCUCCAUAGGACCGCUGAAAGGAUUUACAGCAGUUGUCGGUCCCAAUGGCUCCGGUAAAUCAAAUUUUAUGGAUGCUAUUAGUUUUGUCAUGGGAGAAAAGACCAGUAGUUUGCGCGUCAAAAGGUUCAACGAACUCAUUCAUGGAGCGUCUAUUGGACAGCCAGUUUCACGCAGUGCAUCGGUGACAGCAGUUUUUGAACUGGAAGAUGGAAAAACAGAGAAACGUUUUAUGCGUUCUGUUCAUGGCUCUUCCUCGGAACACAGGAUAAAUGGAAGCGUGGUCACAAGUCAAGUUUACUUGAACGAAUUGGAACAGCUGGGAAUCAACGUCAAAGCUAAAAACUUUUUAGUUUUUCAAGGCGCAGUCGAAUCUAUAGCUAUGAAAAAUCCAAAAGAAAGAACAGCUCUGUUCGAGGAGAUAAGUAAUUCUGGAUCUUUGAAAGCUGAGUACGAGCGGCUGAAGGCAGAAAUGUUGAAAGCUGAAGAGGAAACACAAUUCUCUUAUCAGAAAAAGAAAGGCAUCGUUGCUGAAAGAAAAGAAGCCAAGCUUGAAAAGGAGGAAGCAGAAAGGUACCAGCGUUUGAGGGAAGAGUACAUAGAGAAACAAGUGGAGUUACAGCUGUUUAAAUUAUUUCACAAUGAAAAAGAAAUAGAAAAGCUCGAGGUGGCCCUCAAGAAGAAACAACACGAGAUCGAAAAGAUUGAAAAGAAACGUGAGAAAGCUGAGGAGGUGCUGAAGGAAAAGAAGAAGGAAGCCGGCAAACUCGGCCGGGAGUUGGCAAAAAUCGAGCAGGACAUUCGCGAGGUUGAGUCUGAGAUAACGAAAAAGCGGCCGGCUUUUAUCAAGGCCAAGGAGCGUGUGGCUCACAUGCAAAAGAAAUAUGAAUCAGCAAAGAAGUCACUGGCCCAAGCAAAGGUAGCCGACGAGGCCCACAAAAAAGAUAUAAACGAACUCGUAGAACAACUACGCAAAGUUGAAGAAGCCAGAGCUGAUUACGAAGCCAGCAUUGCAGCUCAAUCCCAGUCCCGGGGUCGUGACGUUCAUCUAGAGGACGAGCAGGUCAAAGAGUACAACAGACUAAAGGAAGAAGCGGCAAAACAGUCGGCGAGGUAUACACAAAUGCUAGAUUCUAUCAAUCGUGAGCAAAAGUCGGAUCAAGACAGGCUGGACAACGAAUGGCGCAAAAAGAAUGAAGUGGAGAACAAGAUCAAACAAAAAGAAGGAAUGUUAGAGGAGUCUACGAAGCGCAUCGAAAAACUGGAGGAGCACAUUCGUACUUCGGAGGCUGCGCUUGAAGAACAAAAAAAACUUCGUGCAGAUCUGCAGAGCGACGUUGGUACUUCCAAGGAUAGAAUUCAAGAGCUACAACGUGAACUGGAAAACAUAUCCGAGCAACUCGGUGACGCAAAGGUUGACAAACAUGAAGUAUCCAGAACGAAGAAAAAGACGGAGAUUGUCGAAAAUUUCAAGAGGCUCUUUCCUGGAGUGUACGAUCGGAUGUACAAUAUGUGCGAGCCGAUUCACAAGCGCUACAAUGUCGCCAUCACAAAAGUUCUCGGCAAGUACAUGGAAGCCAUCGUCGUUGAUACCGAGAAAACCGCCAGGCAGUGCAUCCAGUACCUGAAGGAACAGUACUUGGAGCCAGAAACCUUUUUGCCGUUGGAUUAUAUCCAAGCAAAGCCACUGAAAGAGCGUUUGAGAAACAUCCAAGAGCCAAAAAACGUGAAGCUACUGUACGACGUUUUGCGCUUUUCGCCAAAGGACAUCGAUCGCGCAGUACUAUUUGCAACAAACAAUGCACUAGUCUGCGAAACUCCGGAAGACGCAAACAAGGUCGCCUACGAAAUGGACAAGAAAGCUAGAUACGACUGCGUCGCUCUGGAUGGUACGUUCUACCAGAAGGCAGGUAUUAUUUCGGGCGGUAGCUUGGAUUUGGCAAAAAAAGCCAAGAGGUGGGACGAGAAGCAAAUGUCACAGCUGAAAGCCCAGAAGGAAAAGCUGACAGAGGAACUUAGAGAGGCCCUGAAGAAAUCACGCAAAGAAUCGGAGCUCAACACCAUUGAAUCUCAGAUUCGUGGCUUGGAGACCAGGUUAAAGUACAACAAGAGCGAUCUUGUAUCCACGAAAAAGCAAAUUGCCGAGUAUAAGGCCGAAUUAGCGAAAUUGCACAGUGAUCUGGACAAGUUUGGACCCACGAUAGCCGCUAUCGAGAAGACAAUGGCAGAUCGAGACCAGGAGAUUCAGAAUAUUAAAGAAAAGAUGAAUAACGUCGAGGAUGACGUGUUCGCCAGCUUCUGCGAGUCCAUUGGCAUCUCGAACAUUCGACAGUACGAGGAACGGGAGCUAAGGUCUCAAGAGGAGCGAGGAAAGAAACGCUUGGAGUUUGACAAUCAGUGCAAUCGCAUUCAAACGCAGUUGGACUUUGAAAAGCAACGCGACACGGAGAGCAACGUCUUGAGGUGGGAGCGCGCAGUUCAGGAUGCCGAGGACAAAUUGGAGACUGCCAAGCAGGCCGAGAAAAAUCAAAAGGCAGAGAUCGAGAACGACGAGACUCAAAUGGAGAAGUGCAAGUCCUUGAGAAAUACUAAGAAGAUGGAAAUUGAUCAAAAAGACGAGGAGAUUGGCAAAUGCAGACGCGAAGUAGGAGCUAUUGCUAAGGAAGUUCAGGCAGCAAACAAGCAGCUCAACUCGAUCGAAAACAAAAUUGAACAGCGCAAAAGUGAGCGUCACGCGAUUUUGAUGCACUGCAAGAUGGAGGAUAUUGCCAUUCCUAUGCUUAACGGAAAUAUGGAAGAUAUAUCUGGAGACACGAGCACAGUGACAAACGAGUCGCAACAGAGCGACUCGAGUACACAAAAACAGUAUGAACGAGAAAGCCGUAUUAAAAUCGACUAUUCUUCGCUGGCAGAUCACCUUAAAGAUGUCGAUGAAGACGAUCUGAAAAAAGCUAAUGAUGAAUUGAACAAAAAAAUUAAUGAUUUGCAAAUGCAAAUCCAGCGUAUCCAAGCACCAAACAUGAAAGCUAUUCAGAAGCUGUACCUUGCUAAGGAAAAGCUACAAGAGACCAACGAAGAAUUUGAACAGUUGCGCAAAAAAGCUAAAAAAGCCAAGACGCAGUUUGAAAAAGUCAAAAAGGAGAGAUAUGAUAGAUUUACAACUUGUUUUGAGCACGUGUCUAACGAAAUUGACCCCAUAUACAAGAGUUUGGCCAAAAAUCAGUCAGCUCAAGCUUUCCUAGGACCAGAAAAUCCCGAGGAACCCUACUUGGAUGGUAUAAAUUAUAAUUGCGUCGCGCCUGGAAAGCGAUUCCAGCCCAUGUCCAAUCUUUCUGGUGGUGAAAAGACGGUGGCUGCUCUUGCUCUAUUAUUUGCAAUUCACAGUUAUCAACCAGCUCCAUUUUUCGUGCUGGAUGAAAUUGACGCUGCUCUUGAUAAUACGAAUAUCGGAAAAGUCGCAAGUUACAUCAGAGAUAAAACUAAUUCCCUCCAAACAAUAGUUAUAUCGUUGAAAGAAGAAUUUUAUUCCCAUGCCGAUGCACUUAUUGGAAUUUGUCCAGAUGUCGGCGAGUGUUUGGAGAGCAAAGUCAUGACUCUAGACCUUACACCAUUCCCGAUGCACGUCAGUUAAUCUGUCUAUACUCCUUAUUGUAUUUAUUGUAUUUUUCACUUGACUAUAAAAAUUGUUUUCUACAUAUCAAACCGAAAAUAACUUUCGGCUGUGUAAAUUGGACUUGAAAAAUGAAGAAUACAGAAGAUAAUUGUGAGACAUGAGAAGGACAAUUGUGUUGUAAAAGUGUUUCGUAGAAACGAAAUUUAUUUAAAAAUAUGCUAACUUAUUUUUUGCAUAAGAAAAGUGUAAAACCAUGAGGCGUUCAGUGAUGAUUGAUAACCUACAAUUCAUUACUUUAAGGUAAAAUUUUUAUUAUAAGGAUUGUAAAACAGUAGGCUAACAAUAAA